CUCCCGAAGUACUUUCGCCCUCCACAACCCAUAUUCCCCGCUAUGCCACCCGUACGCACUCGUGAGACACGACUUCCCAAUGCGGCCAGCCACCCGUGCCACGCGGCUCCUACUCCUGCGGGGCCAGAAUCCAAGCCCGGCACAUGCGAUUACACCCGUGUAUGCUCUGUUUGCCACCUUCCUCAUGCAACAUCAAGAGAUUUGAUGACCCAUAUCCGGAGUGAGCAUAAGAAACAGCUAGAGUCAAAGGAGUUUGUCUGCCCAGAGCCAAAAUGUGGCGAGACCUUCACCUCACAAACAACGUGCCUUAUCCAUUACAAAAAUCAUUUUGGCAUUAAAGACGAGAUAUGCGACCAAUAUAUCCCUGAUCCCUCAGAUCCAAACAAGAUGGUGAAAUGUACAUGGGCAAGUGCCCACCCUAAGUCCCUCAACCGUCAUAAACACCGGGAGCAUCCGGGGACUUGGUCUCCAAAAGAUACGGGAAGAGCUAUCACGAAGAAAAGGAAGCUAGGCCUUCACACAGCUCCGAAUAAGAAGCCCAACAAGAAGCUUCGUCGCGCCGAGUCUGAAGAAUCGAUAAUGUCUUCUUCUUCCGAAACUUCCACCUGGACAAGCUCCUGUGCGUCUGCUUCUUCUACCGAAGACAUCUGGACAGACAUCCCCUCAGCCGUCGUGAAAAGUGUCCAGUGGUCUCCUGCUUACGAUGACAGCGAGGGAUACGUUCCGACAUCGUCGACUUCGUAUCUCCAUGUUGAUGCACCCGACCCAAUCGAGUUCACAUUUGCGCCUGCGCCCAACCUUGUCGAGCAAGACGAUCCUGUCCAGACACUCGAAGAGUACCUAUCGUAUAUACAGCCCCACGCUGGAGACGCUCCCUACAAUGCCCUCCAGGACGAGUCCCUGUGGUCGCAACCUGUGACACCACCGUUCGGCAAUGAUCCCUCUGCGUGCUUUCAAGAAUCCGAUCCCUCGCUGAUUUUCUCUGCGAUUGAUUAUCCCAGUUCUGGCUAUCAUGAACCUCAGCCGUUCCCGCCAACUUUCCCGUCCGACCUCGGUUUUGCAUUUCCCGAAGCACCCUUUGGAGGGUUCUAGAUGUGCUGCAUCUUGCAUAGACUCUUUCCCUCACUUCUGAGCACUGUCGAUCUCCUCCCCGCUCAUCUCAUCUUAUUGCUCUUUGGUCUCUAUCUCUCCGUCCCCGUCUCAUCUCACUGACAUUAUCUUUCGGACCUUUCACCUGCAUCGUAUCUUUAUUCACACCAUUUUAUCAUGCAUCUAUAUCCUCACUGUAUCGACAGUUCCUCUUCUACAUUUUGUAUUUCUAGAGCUUCUGCUUUUGAUUGCCAGUCUCAUUUUGGUUUAUUGGUUUCGUUGGUCUCGGUCUUUGCGUGUACAGUAAUACAGGUUCUAACUUCGAAAAACCUGGUUACAUAUUUUGUCGUGGGUAGGACGUAAGGAUCUGGGAUAGUGUCCACAUUCAUCGUGCC